AACACACCAACACUUCUCCCUGGCUAAGUUUAACACUCUGAGAAGCACUACGAGGAACAGCUGAACACAUCUACUUGCAGUUUUGUGCUCCACAAAGAUCUGUUUCAAGAUGACAGCGUCUAGAGACGCCACCAUAUUUAUUGACCUGAGCUUUCUUUCUCCAGAGGAGGAAGAGGUUAUUCACAAAGUGCUUCUCAGAGAUGAGGAUUUGAAAAAGCAUGAGAUUGGGCGUGUAAGGAAGCUGAGGGAGUCGAUUCCAGACCCGAAGCAGCUGAAGGUAUUAUCUGGUGAAUGGUUCGAGGAUCUGAAGUCGAAGCGGUAUGGCCGCCAGCCGCACAUCUCCGCCGUAGUCCGCUCCUCUAUGAGAUGGAAGAAAUCAGCAGGCCACAAACCGAAUCCCUUCCUGAAGGCUGUGCCUGAGGAUAAAAAUGGAGAAAAGAACAAGACUUCCUCAGAUGUAUCCGCCGACCCCCGAUCGAUUCAUCCAGCUCUCAGUGUACAGGUACAGCAGGAAAACAAAGAUGAAGCUGUCAUUUUAGAAGAGUCACCUAGAGAUAAAUUAAAUACUCCUGUACUUGAAGUUAUUGAAGUAGGACGUCAAUCAGAAGCAAAACUUCAAGAUCAAACACCAAGUGUUGAGUCUCUGGAUCUAGAUCCUGUUCAGGAGUUGAAGACAAAAGCUGGCAUUGCAAAAGAAACCAGCAGAAAAAUAUCAGAUCCUGGAAGAACACCAUUGAAAGAAGGCAAGGGUUUGGAGACCAGUUUGGAGAUGAGACCAAAACAGACAGAUGGAAACACGUCUAGAAAUUUUGAGAUACGAUCAUUUAGUAAAGCACAGGAAACCUCGAAUUGGGAAUUACGCCAGCUUGGCAGUGGUGAUGAGCCAAAUAAGCCCCAAUCAAAGGGUGAGGUUGUCAUCAUAAACUCUAACAACAGUACAGAACUGGAAGUGACGAGCAAGCAGAAUAAUCCGAUACCUGAAAGGGCGAUGAAUUCUGGAUUUGGAUUCAAAGAAGAAAUUCAGGCUCCGAUACCAAAGAAAAGAUCUAGUAAAGAAAUCAGAGUCAUGAACAUCACCAACAAGCAAACAACUCCGACAAGGAUGGCGGAGUUAAGUGUAGAUUUAAACGCAAAAAAAGAUCCAGAUAUUCUUGAGGAUCUAAAAACAAGUCCAGUUAAUAAUGUAAACAUACCAGAGCAUAUUGAUUUGGACCAGAAGAGUUUAGAUCCAGUACAGAAAGAAAAGGAAAAAGCUGUUCAGGAAAUCAUGGUUUCUGAUUUUAAACGAAGAUCUCCAACAAGGACGGAGGAAUUAAGUAUAGAUAUAAAUGUGAGCGAGGAUCCAGAUAUUCUUGAAGGUCCAGUUAAUAAUUUAAACAUGGCAAAAUGUGUUAACUGCGACCAAGAGAGUUUAGAUCCAGUUCAGAAAGGAAAGGGACGAGCUGUUGAAGAAAUCCUAGUCACUGACUUGAAACAAAGAUCUCCAACAAGGAAAGAGGAAUUAAAAGUAGAUUUAAAUCUGGACAUUACUGAGGAUUUAGACAAGGGACCAGUUCACAAGGAUGUCCAUAAAGAUAACAGAUUAGAGGACAUGAACAGAGAUGAGCUCCAAGAAUCAGUUCUGAAAAAUAAAAAUGAAGCUGCUGAGGAACUUAAAAGUGACUUUGAUGAGGAAACAAGGAAGACUGAAAGCACUAAUGAAAAAGAAUUGAAGGAGAUUGAAGAAACCAGUGGACCAGAACCAGAAGAAAGUUUUCAAGACAGGGUAGAUGAAAGUGAGAUCUCUGAAAGCAGUAUUCUUGCUAGCGUGUAUGCACGCGCCACAAGGUCCAAAUCGGGUGUGUCGGAAACACCUUUCGCACAAGACCCAGUGCAGAAAACUGUAGAUGUGAUUCCGACUAUAGUGAUUGCGCCAUCUGAAUCCGAGGAGCCAAAAGAAAUGGCAUGUGUAAAGAAUGAAACACCUGCCCCUGAAGCACUUAUUGAGGUUGCAAUACCUGGCAUAGAUACCUGGGAGGAUGAGGGCGUGGACUCUAAUGAGGACAGCAGCUCAGUGUCCAGCCAUGACUCAGAUUUGUCAGGAAAAAUGGGCCAGUUAUCUGCCAGUACACUUUCAGUCACAGAGCGCACUGCCAGUUUGCUGAGUGUGUACAGUGAUGCCGGUGACUUCGGGAACGUGGCAGUACAAGGAUCAGUGGAGUUCGCUAUAAUGUACAGUCCUCUUGGAGAGCUAGUCAUUAUGGUGGAGCAGUGUCAGGAUCUGGCCAUCGCAAACCCACGCAAACAACGCACAGACCCAUACGUGAAGACAUACCUCUAUCCAGACAAGAGGAGCAAAAGGAAAACGUCCAUCAAGAAACAUACAGUAAAUCCAGUCUAUGUGGAGUCACUGAGGUACAAAGUAAAACGUGAAGAAUUGCAUGGAAAAACUCUCAAUUUAUCUGUAUGGCACAAUGACUCCCUAGGCAGAAAUGCCUUUUUAGGUCAGGUUGAGAUUAAUCUAAAGGACUGGGACUGGAAACAUGAAGCACUCACAUGGUACAACCUCCAACCAAAGAAUGCAGAUAAUCAGGAAUCGCAGGAAUACCGUGGUGUGUUAUCCGUCUCGCUGAAAUACGUACCUCCGGAAGCUAUAGGCGGUUCUAGACUCAGCCGGCCAAUGGGAGAGAUUCACAUCUGGCUGCGUGAGGCAAGACAUCUGCGUCGCCUGAGGGCCCAAGGAGUCGAUUCUUUUGUGAAGUGCUACAUGUUACCAGACACGAGUAAGAAGAGUCGCCAGAAGACUCGCAUGGUGAAGAAGACGCAGGAUCCUGUGUACAACCAUACCAUGGUGUAUGAUGGGUUCAGAGUGGGCGAGGUGUGCGAGGCCUGCUGUGAACUCACCGUGUGGGACAGCAACAAACUCUCCAAUCAGUUUCUCGGAGGAGUGCGUCUCGGCCUUGGCACAGGCCUGAGUUAUGGAAAGAAAGUUGACUGGAUGGAUUCUGAGAAUGAGGAAGUGGAGGUCUGGAAAAAAAUGAUGGCUAAUCCAAACAGCUGGGUCGAGGCGCAACUUCCGCUCAGGUCUUCAAUGACCCCCAGGCAGUGAGACUGAUCCGAAAGUCCAGCAGCAACUGUGUACAGUUUGAUGAUUACUUCCAGAGCAUUGAGGAGCUGCUAAUUAGCUUUGUAUGUGGUCUGAUUUUCUGGAGAAUAGAAUUAUCCGAGGAGAGAUUUCAUUUCUGGUUUUGAGUUUAAAUCCAGGGGCUAACAGAGACACCAGUGGGCAAGUUCCUUAACCGUCAACUGCUCAUGUAUAAGUGGUUUCGGAUACAUUUAUGUGCAAGUUGAUUAAAUUUCCUGCUAAAUGUGGAGGUGAAAUAUAUUAACAUGACCUUGGAUUUGUAAAUACAGUAUUCACAAAGUGUUGCAACUAUUUCCAGUAGUGUUACUUCAAUACAGCUCACUGAAUCAGAUUCUAUGAUGAUUUAUUCCACAUUAAAUCCAGUUUGAGAUUUUUUAAAAAACUUUCUCACUGAACAAUGUUCUUGAAUGUAUCCUGAAUAAACUGAUUUAAGGUG